GACCGUGAAGGAGCCAGAAUAUUCUAAUGUUUAUCAGAGAAGAACAGGACGCGUGCAGAGAAGGGCAGGGCUCGUACAAUACCAGAAACAUAGCAAAGCAGGCAUUCCUAGAGACUUUACAGGACUGCCCUAUAGAGAUGGACAUUCUGGGUACCACACGCGGGGAGGCCGCCCCGUACAACGACGGGCACUUCCUGUUUAAGCCAGGGGGGACGUCUCCAAUGUAUUGUACGACGUCACCGGGUUACCCUUUGACCUCCAGCACGGUCUACUCCCCGCCACCUCGACCGUUACCCAGAAACACCUUCUCCAGACCGGCGUUCAGCCUGAAGAAGCCCUACAAGCACUGCAGCUGGAAAUGUGUGGCUCUCAGCGCCAUCCUCACCUCCGUCACCCUG